AAUGGUGGGUAUCAGAAGCUGAACAUUAGCUUUUAUUGUCACUCCAAAGAGUAUCACAGCAGGUCAGACUUCAAAGAAAACGUUCAACAUGACUUUAUGUAACAUGUAACUUAAGUUUGAAAAAUCUGUUUGUCAGAUACUUUAGUGACAAAUAAGUGUUUAGCUGAUAUUAUCUUAAAAAUAUAUCUAAAAGUCAAACUGGAAAAGGUGCAGUACUUUAAACUCAAUUUUAUUUGAGACAUACUGUCCAGAUAAGAGCUAGAUAAAAGGGAUACAAUUAAGACUUUUUACUAUUUCACUGGUUAAAACAAACACUCAUUUUAAAACAUUUCACUCAUACCACAGAGGCAAAACAAAUAUAAUGAGCUUCCUAUUAUGUCUGCAGCUCUGUUACCAAGUGCUCAAUAAUGUCAACAAUUCCCUAAUCGCAUACUGCAUGCUGGUUUUAACAUUUUUUGUCAAAGCCAGCAUGGCUGCUGAACAAGAUGGGCAACUUUUUGACCAGUCACUUAAAUUUGUUCCAGUUAACUUUACUAGAAAAAUAACAGUAGGAGGAGAUUUCCUCUUUGCGACAUUGAGAGACACACUAUAUGAACCCACUUCAGAGCAGGUUACUCUCUACUUUGAGUUGCUCUACUUGGAACAAGGGCUUGAAAAAACAUUUCUGUAACGACCUCUGAUAACAUGGAAGUGAAGACAGAAUUAAAAAAUAGAGUGUACAUCCGUCUUCCAAAGAAACACAUAGCUGCUUUUGCUGAAAAUUAUGAGCUGGAACAUGGAUUGAUUAUAAGAGAGCUGAAUCCCUGUAUAAAUGAAGGAUAUCUACGAGUUUACUUUAGAGACUGGGGAACCGUCACAGCAUGCAAGAUUAAGAAGAGCCUCAACAAGGGGGGAAAUAAGGCGAUGGCCUAUGUGAGGUUUUCUACAGAGGAUGAAGCAGACAGAGCAGAAUGGGCUGGUCCACACUACAUUGGAGGCGAUGUGGAAGUGAAACGAGUUGUUAGUCCAAAGAUGGAGGAGGAUUCAGAAGAGGGGGUCCCCGCAGUCGCUGAUAAACCUAAACUGCGGCGUUCAAUGGGUUUGGGCUACAUACUGGAAGAUGCUCAGUGGUUAGAUGAUGAUGAGAUGGAUGAAUAAACAAAUACUGUGCAACUUUUUGUGGACAUUAAUUUAGAGAUUCUAAACUAAUAAGCUCAUAAAGAAAUCAAUGGGACUCCAUCAUCCUCUACAGGCUGCAGGGUGAAAAUAUUCUUAAGACUAACAAUAUUCAAUUUAUAAAGCCUUAAUGUGAGUUACUGUGAUAAAUAUUGUGCUGAUUUUAUGUUGUGAAUUGUUAUUGUUUACCUUGGGUGGAUAAUAAAGCUGUUUUCUGUGUGGUUUAUUUACACAAAUAAUUUGACUUUUUAUAUAUAUUUAUAUUCACAUCUGUUUUGCCAGUAAAAUGCCUUGUAUUUGUCCACAUACUUGGCCAAUAAAGCUGAUUCUGAAUAA